AAGAAUCAAGAAACAUUAUUGAGGAAAAUUUUUCUGGGUACGGAAAAUUUUGCAGCUUUUAACUCUCUCCUUCCAAACACAGACCUUGAAGCGGGGAAAUGUCUCACUUGGUGUUCCAAACAACCCCACUUCCCAAAACCUUCUCUCCUAAGCCCUGUCUGCCGCCGCCGGUAGUCCGUGCGAUAGGGUUGAAGUUGCGGAGGAAUUUAGUGGUGAGGUGCUCCUCUUCGGCCUUGAUUGAGGGUGGAAAUACUGCCCAUGGUUCUCUUGAGCGCUCCUUCUCGUUGCCACCGGCUCCUGUGGAGCCCUUGUCGUGUUCGCAUGUAUCUCGGACUGGGGAGGGCGGCCAUGUGAUGAAGGGACCGUUUGGUGCUUUCGGUGGUUCGACCACUUUAGAGAAAGGGAAGCUAGAGAUUUCAAAAGAACAAAAGCAGGUGUCUUCCCCUGAGCUUGCUACUGGAGGAGGUGGUGGAGAUAUCGGAAAGAAAAUCAAUCAUGGAGGUGGGGAUGGAGGUGAUGAUGGUGAUGAUGAUGAUUACUUUGAUGACUUUGAUGAUGAUGAUGAGGGAGAUGAGGGUGGAAUGUUUAGAAGACGAAAAUUUCUUCAAGAGAUUUUUGAUCGAAAAUUUGUGGAUGCUGUAUUGCAUGAGUGGCACAGGACAAUGAUGGACUUGCCUACUGGCUUCCGUCAGGCUUAUGAAAUGGGGUUGGUCAGUUCAGCCCAAAUGGUAAAAUGUCUAGCAAUGAAUGCUAGACCUACCACUAGUAGAUUCAUUUCUCGAGUGCUUCCUCAAGGAAUCUCUAGGGCAUUUAUUGGGAGGAUGCUUGCAGAUCCUGCAUUUUUAUAUAGGCUUCUUUUAGAGCAGGUUGCUACUAUUGGCUCUUGUGUUUGGUGGGAGAUCACAAAUCGUAAGGAUAGGAUAAAGCAAGAAUGGGAUCUAGCACUUAUUAAUGUACUCACAGUAGCGGCAUGUAAUGCUAUUGUUGUUUGGUCACUUGCCCCUUGUCGUUCAUAUGGUAAUACAUUCCAGUUCGACUUGCAAAACACAUUGCAGAAGCUUCCAAACAAUAUAUUUGAGCGGAGUUACCCACUUAGAGAAUUUGAUUUGCAAAAGAGAAUCCAUUCUCUUUUCUACAAAGCUGCAGAGUUGUGUAUUGUUGGAUUAACUGCUGGAGCAAUACAAGGUUCUUUGUCAAAUCUUUUGGCUGGUAGAAAGAAGGAAAGGUUAUCGGUUACUACUCCAACUGUGAGUUCUAAUGCUCUUGGUUAUGGUGCUUUCUUGGGACUUUAUGCAAACAUGAGAUAUCAACUCUUAUGUGGGUUUGACCAAACAAUGAUAAAUCAUUUUGAUGUCAUUGGAGUGGCAGUGUUCUUCGGCACAGCUUUGAGGAUUUUGAAUGUUCAAAUAGGAGAGAGAUCAAGGUUGGCCUGGCUGGGGAUUGAAGCAGAACCACUUGCACAAUCAGAUAACCUCUGGAAGGCUUACAACAGGCCUUCCGAGGGCAUGACUAGGUCACCUUCAAAAUGGUUUAUAUCCAAGAAUGCCAUUGUUUCCAGUCUUGGACUCCUCGGUAUCAGACAGAAUGUCCAGUCUGCUCAUGGAGAAACGAGUACCCCUACCCCCAAACCCCGAAGAAGGAGGAUUGUCCGAAAGAAGGUGACUGCAAACUCAGCUUAGUAAUCACCAUCGCCAUCCAAUUUUGCUGCCUGACGGAGAGAAUUCGAUACAGAAAGAACUGCUUGAAGGGAAAUUGGGGAAAGGGGGAUUACAUCACAAGGAUUUGAACCACGGUGAUGUCCAUAGUCUAAGAUCCAUCCUACCAUUGCAGCCAUUGCUGCAGGUGCAUCAGGGAAACAACUAGGCAAAUCCCCUGAUAAAUUGAGCCUUAUUUUUGAACAAUUUUUUCUGCAUCCCUAAUAAAUCUGAAAGGUGGAUUUUUUGCCAACAGGGAGUAUGUAACAUUUACUACCAUUUUCUGUGAAUUCUAAAAUUGAGAAACAUUAUAUUGCAUGAGACUAUUUGGUUUUGACUGUUAUAAAUUGUUGUAGUUAUU